AUGUCUGAGCGCAGUGAGCAGGUGGCACUAAUGAAAGACCUAUACGUCAAGGCACAGGUUGUCCAUAUAUGGCUUGGACCUGGGUUGGACGACGCCAAAAACCUGGCGGCCAUGGCUUUAAUGAAGGCCAUACACCAAGGGACUCCACCUCAAGACGUCCUAGGACAUAGUGAUGACACUGGUGGGGCUUCGCAGAUGCUGACGACUGCACCGUAUUGGGAUAGACUAUGGGUGAUACAAGAAGCGGUGCUUGCCCAAGAACCUCGAGCUUAUCUCGGUGAAGCAUGCUCACCAUUCUGGGAUCUACUCGAAGCCUUCACGCAGCUCACACUCGCCGAGCGGGACGGGCAGGUCCCUCCCACAGGCCUCAAUCCGUUGGCCGUGUUACGCAUGAGAACAGCAAAGGCCGUACAGAGCUUGAAGACUCACGAGCCGGGCCCGCUGAGUGUAUUACACGUUUGUAGCCUUCUCCAGGCUACAUCAGUAGCCGAGACAAAGGAAGAGCAUGACAGAGUCUUCGGGCUCUUGGGCUUACUUCCGGAUUACACUGGUCUUACGCCGGACUAUUCGCUCGACGUUGCCGACCUCUACACCUAUACCGUUUCGAGGCUCAUGGAAGAGCUCGGUAGUUUGCACCUACUCGCCUACGCGGGCGUAUAUCCCGGCAGGCGUGUUGGUCUACCGUCUUGGUCAUUAGACUUUGCCAAGAUUAAGAACCUGGGAGUCUAUGCAAAUUGGACUUUCCGUGCUGACGCGGCGAUCGAAGUGAAGAGUGGCAUCAUUAGCAACCGCCGAGCAACGAAGUAUCUCGGAGUUCGGGCUCGAGCUUUCGAUACCGUGACCUGGUUUGGUCCACCAUGUCCAGAUUUGAAGUUUCCCGAAGACCUUGAAUCAACUUCAGAACACUCUUUGCGACUUCAAGAGGUCCUGCUGAACUGGCGCCUUGAGCUCGGAACAAGGACAGAGGGUAAAUUCGAUCAGCGGAAGGUCAGCCUUGUCUUCCGGCGUACGGUUACGAACGACACGAUCUACACCAAGUACGAGGGCGUUCAACAUGAGCGUCGAUAG